AUGUCUCUCACAACAACACUCGCAACACACAGUCCCAAGACGGGGGAUCGCCACAUUUCUCGCGUCGACAAUAUCCCAGCGGCCACGGUUCAAUGCCAUGCAUCAAACCUUCUUGAACUUCCAGAUAAAACACUGCUCAGUGUCUGGUUUGGUGGAACUCAGGAAGGUACUUCAGAUAUUUCAAUCUAUUCAUCGCGAUUGAGCCCGGGCUCUUCGUCGUGGACGCAACCUGUCCGCUUGUCACAUGAUGCUCAGCGCAGCGAGCAGAAUCCCGUCUUGUUUCGUGAUCCCGUUGGCGGUGCUAUAUGGCUCUUCCAUACAGCUCAAUCAGCCGGAAACCAAGACGAGGCAGCUAUCAUAGCUCGCAUCUCAAAAGACGAUGCCCAAACGUGGUCGGAGCCAUUUGAGCCAUUCCCGGAAAAGAAGGGCGCAUUUGUCCGGCAGCCUGUUGUUGUCCUCCCGGAUAAUACAUGGUUGCUGCCCGUCUUUUAUUGCCGUGCUCCACCCGGCUUCCGAUGGAUCGGGAGCGAUGAUGUAUCGGCAGUAAUGUACAGCAAAGAUGGUGGCAAGACAUGGGCAGAGAGCGUAGUGCCGGACUCGAGGGGAUGUGUACACAUGAACAUAAUUGCGCUCCCCACGAAAAAGUCCUACGUCGCCUUCUUCAGGAGCCGGUGGGCAGACAACAUUUACAGGGCUACCUCGAAAGACGGUAUCAACUGGUCCGCUCCUGCGAAAACGACACUGCCAAAUCCCAAUUCGGGCAUCUGUUCAGCCGCACUGCCCAACGGGGAUCUCGUCAUUGUGUUCAACGACUCGCGUGCCGAGAGCAAUAUGGCGCGAAGAGAAGGACUCUACGACGACAUCACUCCUGCAGACGACACUAGGGUGAACCAGCCUGGGGUCGGCGGCAAGGCGGCAAUCUGGGGAACGCCGCGCAAAGCUCUGUCAGUCGGUCUGUCCAAGGACGAUGGUGUUACCUGGAAAUACCGAGUCUUGGAGGACGGCGAUGGUUUCUGCAUGACCAACAAUUCCGUGGAGCGUACAAACCGAGAACUGAGUUAUCCAAGUAUCUUUGUCGAUGAUGCGACAAAGGGUCAAAAAGGUGUGCACCUGGCAUAUACUUAUCAUCGGCAAAACAUAAAAUAUGUGCACAUCGAUGAUGUUGAGAUGUUUGUAAACGCUUCAGACUAG